AUGCCCAGCUAUCCUGGUCUGGAUCGUUGGCGCUUACUAGAGAAGAUUGGAGACGGUGCUUUCAGCUGUGUUUAUCGUGCAAGUGACACCAAAUCCGAGCAUAGCGAAGUCGCCAUUAAGGUUACGAAGAAAUAUGAAAUGAAAGAGAACCAGAAACAAAAAUUACACGACGAGGUGGAAAUCACACGCCAACUCAACCACGAUAAUGUGGUACGACUUAUCGACUCCUUUGAAUCGGUUCAAUAUCAUUAUAUGUUUUUGGAGCUUUGCCCUGGUGGCGAGCUAUACGACCAAAUAGUCAAGUUCGCGUCUCUAAGCGAAACCAUGAGUCGACAUGUCAUAAAACAAGUCGCAAAUGCCGUUGAAUAUCUUCAUGACGACAUGGGAAUCGUCCACAGAGACAUUAAGCCCGAGAACAUUCUCUUUUACCCGGUCCCAUCCACACCGCGCGCAGAAUCAAACCCCACCCAAUCAAAUAACGAAGAAGAAGCCGUCUCAAUCGCUGAUGUCGGCUCCAAUGAUAUCGGCCUGGUCAAGCUCGCCGACUUCGGCUUGUCCAAGAUUAUCUGCGGCGUCCCAGCUGCAACUCCAUGCGGAACCAUGAGCUACGCUGCCCCCGAAUUAUUCAGGAAACAUAAAUACACUACUAGCGUCGAUAUGUGGGCGUUGGGCUGUCUGCUCUUCACCAUGUUGGCCGGGUUCCCUCCCUUCUAUGACGAGGACCUUGACAUCAUGCGGCGUCAGAUCAUGCAAGGAGAAUACACGUUUGCAUCACCAAAGUGGGAUAAGGUUUCGGAUGGCGCAAAGGACCUCGUCUCGCGUCUACUGACCAUUAAUCCCGAAGAAAGACUCAGUAUCAAGGAGUGUCUUGAUCAUCCUUGGAUGCGGGAAACUGAAGACAAUGAAAGCAAGUGUACCAGUGCGGCUUCAUCGAUUAGCAGUAAGGAGUCUGAACGUCAAUUCGACUCGCCCGAUAAAACUCCCACUGUGGAGCACUCGCAAGCCGUUGCUGAGAAUGAACUCGGAAAUUCGUACCCCGAGACGCCCAAUAUUCGGGAUAUCUACAAUGUUGGGCAUUCCGUGCAGCGGGAGGCGCAUCAGAUGCAGCUAGAGCGGGAAUUGAAAGCUGGAAAGGCAUCGAAUGAAUCCAAGGGAGGGAAUAGCUUCGGCAAGACGGUUUCUGGGAUUUCUGCGCUUUCAAAUCUUAACCUUAACAACAGCAAGUUACUUGAGAAGAGGAGGAUGCGACCUGAUGGUGGUGGUUAA